AGCUCGAGUAUGGGUCAAAGGAGUCUAGUGUUAGUGAUGCAUGCAUUCAUCCAAUUGAUGGUGGUAGCAGCACAAACUAACAGUCGUGACUUGGCUGCUCUACUGUCUCUCAAGAAUAGUUGGCAGAACGUACCAACCAGUUGGGUGGGAACUGACCCUUGUGGCGGUUGGGCAGGAAUUUAUAAGUGCAACGGUUCACGCGUGAUCAACAUAUUGUUAACAAACAUGAAUUUGAUGGGUCAGCUAUCAGGUGAUAUCGGGUCGUUAUCUGAGUUACAGACAUUGGAUCUAUCUUCUAACAAGCAAAUGACAGGGCGUUUACCACAAGAAAUUGGGAGCUUGAAGAAGCUAGUAACCUUAACCUUGACUGGUUGCAGUUUCUUUGGUACCAUUCCGGACUCGCUGGGGUCUCUAGAGCAGCUAGUCUAUCUAUCUCUGAAUUCCAAUAAAUUCACGGGAAACAUUCCAAAUUCUUUUGGAAAUCUGUCCAAUCUUUAUUAUUUGGACCUUACUGACAACCAGCUUGAAGGAUCCAUCCCCGUCUCUGAUGAGACUGUACCUGGUCUUGAUAUGCUACUUCAAACGAAGCACUUUCAUUUUGGAAAGAACAAUCUGUCAGGAACAAUUCCGCCCAAACUUUUCAGCUCAAAUAUGUCUCUUAUACAUGUGUUUUUUGACAACAAUAAUUUAACUGGUAGCAUCCCUUCCACCCUAGGGCUUGUGCAGACGUUGGAGGCGGUACGAUUUGAUAGAAAUUCAUUAAGCGGGCCCCUGCCUAAAAAUCUCAAUGAUCUUACAAAUGUUACCGACCUGUACUUGUCCAACAACAACGUGACUGGCCCUAUUCCCAACCUUACUGGCAUGAACUCUCUCAGCUAUGUGGAUGUGAGCAAUAAUAGUUUCGAUGUUUCUGAUGUUCCUGCUUGGAUUUCUUCCUUACAGACUCUGACAAUAUUAAUGAUGGAACACACACAACUUCAAGGACCAAUUCCUUUUGACUUGUUCAGGCUGCCCCAUAUACAGACAGUGUUACUAAGCCACAAUAAGCUCAAUGGAACUUUGAAUAUUAGUACCACGUAUGCUAAGCGCAUUGAUUUGCAGAACAAUACAAUCACUGACUUUCAAACAACUGGGGGAUACAAUGCCACCAUAUUACUUGAGGGUAACCCAUUUUGUAAGAAAGCAGAAAAUAUUGCAGGGAGUUACUGUAGUUCUUCCUCAUCAAAUUCUACAUAUUCGAUACCACCACCAACCAUCUGUUCUCAUGUUUCCUGUAGUGUGGAUCAGGUUCCGAACCCCAACUGUAAUUGCGUGUAUCCAUACAAGGCCACUCUGAUCUUCAGAGCUAUUUCUAACUUAGACUUGGGAAACACCAGUUACUAUGUAGCUCUAGAGAAGUCGCUCAUGCAAACUUUCGACUCCUAUGAACUUCCCGUGGAUUCAGUUUCUCUGGGUAAUCCCUUUAUGGACUCAUUUGGUUACUUUGGAUUAAGCCUGGAAGUUUUCCCCUCUGGUGGGGAUCGUUUCAAUCAAACAGAAAUGCUUAGCCUUGGAUUUGUGCUUACCAACCUAACUUACAACCCUCCCAAGCUUUUUGGACCCUUCUAUUUUAUUGCCACUACCUAUGCAGAAUCAAAUAAACCAUUACACAAUGGUAUUAUAAUUGGGGCAACAAUUGGUGGUUCUGUCCUUCUAUUAUUAUCAGUACUUGCCGGACUUUAUGCUUUUCACCAAAAGAAAAAAGCAGACAGAGCCUUUCAGAACAAUCCUUUUGCACAUUGGAAUGCGAAUAUGAAAAAUGGUGGUUUUCCUCAAUUACAAGCAGCCAGAUGUUUCUCUUUUGAAGAGCUUAAGAAAAGCACCAACAAUUUUUCAGAAGCAAAUGUUGUUGGAUCUGGGGGCCAUGGGAAGGUUUUUAGGGGAACUCUUUCCACUGGGCAACUGAUUGCCAUCAAACGAGCUCGGGCAGAUUCAUUGCAGGGUGGGCAUGAAUUCAAAACAGAGAUUGAACUCCUAUCAAGGGUCCAUCACAAGAAUCUUGUCAGCCUCGUGGGAUUCUGUUUUGAGCAACGGGAACAAAUUCUGGUUUAUGAGUACAUUCAAAAUGGAAGUCUGAUGGAUAGUCUUUCAGGGAAGUCAGAAUUCAGGUUGGAUUGGAUGAUGAGACUUAAAGUAGCCCUUGGUACAGCGAGGGGUCUGGCCUAUUUGCAUGAACAUGCGAAUCCUCCCAUCAUACACAGGGACAUCAAAUCAAGCAACAUCCUACUGGAUGUAAGUUUAAAUGCAAAAGUUGCCGAUUUUGGACUCUCCAAGCCUAAAGUUGAUAGUGAGAGGGCUUAUGUCACCACUCAAGUUAAAGGAACACCGGGCUACUUGGACCCAGAAUAUUACAUGACGCAGCAAUUGACUAAAAAGAGUGACGUUUAUAGUUUUGGAGUGGUCAUGUUGGAGCUAAUAACGGCAAGAAGGCCAAUAGAGCGAGGGAAGUAUAUUGUGAGAGUGAUAAAGAAUGCAAUAGAUGAGGCGAAAGAUUUAUACAAUCUUCAUGAAAUUCUUGACCCAGCCAUUGAUCUGGGAACAAAACUGAAAGGUUUAGAAAAGUUUGUGAAACUAUCAAUGAGGUGUGUCGAAGAAUCAAGAGCCAAAAGACCUACAAUGAGUGAGGUGGUGAAAGAAAUAGAGAACAUUAUGCAGCUUGCUGGGAUGACCCCCAAUAUUGCUAAAUCUACAUCCACUUCAACAAGUUAUGAGGAAGCUAGUAAGGGCGGUUGCCACCGUGGUUACAUCGAUGAUGCUUUCGAUUCUCCUUCAGUUCUUCAAAUGAUAAAGCUCAAGUGAACUCCAAAUCUGACAAUUUUAAAUGCUCAACUUUGUCUCCAAAAGUUGCUUCUCUCUGUGAUCUCGUGUGAGUAAAUCUGUAAAUGGCAAAAAGAUUGUGUCUAAAAUGCAAGUGGAUUCGUGGACCUGUAUUUCACUUUCGAGUAUGUGUAUAUCGUACAUGUCCUGUUUUUAAUCAUCUAUAUGGUGGACUGAAUCCUCCUCGGUUUACAAUAUAGAUUAAUAAUCGAAAGGUCAUAAAAUCCUGAAA